UCAUAUACACACACACACAAGCAAAUGGUUAAAAUAUAUUUUUAUUCUUGUAAAUUUUUCUAUAAAUAAUUGCCGAUGAGUGAUCAUUGAUAUCAGUUAACUCAACACAGUCGCAGAUUAACAAACAAACUCUAACAAAAUGAAAUUCAUCAUCUGCUUCGCACUCCUCUUCGCCGUCGCUCAGGCCAAUCCCGGUUUGGUGGCUCCUUUGACUUAUUCCGCCGCUGCUGUGCCCGCCUAUGCCACCUACGCCGCCGCACCUUAUGCCGCUUACUCAACCUAUGCCGCUCCCGCCGUUGCCACCUACUCACAUGCCGCCUACUCUGCCCCAGCUGUGGCCACUUACUCGCAUGUUGCUGCUGCUCCUGCUGUCUACGGUGCUCCAGUUGCACGUGUCGCCGCUGUAGCUCCAGUCACCUACUCCGCUCCCUUGGUGUCCACUUUGUUGAAGAAGAAGUAAACUAUUUGCAAAAGAAAAAAAUAAAUGGCAUAAAAAAGACA